AUGAAUGUUUUUCUAGGCGUGGAGGUUCAACAAACUCAAAAUGGAAUUUAUAUUGGACAACAAAAAUAUGCUAGGGAGGUGUUGAAGAAAUUCCAUAUGGAAAGCUGCAAGUCAGAAAGUACUCUUCUUUCUCAAAAUGCAAAAUUUAGCAAAAAUGAUGGUGCUGAGAAAGUUGAUGAGACCACAUAUAGGAGUAUUAUUGGAUGCCUUAUGUUCUUGACAGCAACAAGGCCUGAUAUAAUAUUUCCUGUAAGUUUAUUAUCAAGAUUUAUGCAUUGUGCUAGUGAGUUGCAUUAUACAGCAGCAAAGAGGAUUCUUAGGUAUAUAAAGGGAACUCUAGACUAUGGUUUGAAGUUUGAAAAAACAAAGAAGUUGUUUCUUCAUGGUUAUUCUGAUAGUGAUUGGGCAGGUUCAUAUGAGAAUUGGAGUUCAACAAAGCAGGACGUCGUGGCACAAUCAACAGCUGAAGCUGAGUAUGUUGCAGCAACUUUAGCUUUUUAA